UUGAAUACUGUUUUGAUGCUUGCAAACGGUAGCUAACUUCAUGAGCCGGCGGAACCUCCUGCAAGAAAUAGACAUCAACCGUAAAGAUAGCAAAGCUAAGAAGCUUCGUUUUUCUGUGUAUGCAAGAUUCAUAUAAUAAGCCGCAAUGUCUCGAAGAUAUGAUUCAAGAACGACGAUCUUCUCCCCUGAAGGGCGUCUGUAUCAGGUAGAAUAUGCUAUGGAGGCUAUUGGGCAUGCUGGUACCUGUUUAGGUAUUCUAGCCAAUGAUGGUGUGUUGCUGGCAGCAGAGAGGAGGAACAUCCACAAACUGCUGGACGAGGUCUUCUUUUCAGAGAAGAUCUACAAACUCAAUGAAGACAUGGCAUGCAGUGUAGCAGGAAUCACAUCUGAUGCCAAUGUCCUCACCAAUGAACUCAGGCUAAUUGCACAAAGAUAUCUUCUCCAGUACCAGGAGCCUAUUCCCUGUGAACAGCUGGUUACAGCCCUCUGUGACAUCAAACAAGCCUACACACAGUUUGGAGGAAAGCGUCCGUUUGGUGUGUCUCUGCUCUAUAUGGGCUGGGAUAAGCACUAUGGCUUCCAGCUGUACCAGAGUGACCCCAGCGGAAAUUAUGGAGGCUGGAAGGCUACCUGCAUUGGCAACAACAGUGCAGCUGCAGUAUCAAUGCUGAAGCAGGACUUUAAAGAGGGAGAGAUGACUCUCUCCACUGCUCUCGCACUGGCCAUCAAAGUGCUCAACAAGACCAUGGAUGUCAGCAAGCUCUCUGCAGAGAAAGUUGAGAUUGCCACGUUGACACGAGAGAACGGUAAGACCAGAAUCAAGGUCCUAAAACAGAAAGAGGUUGAAGAGUUGAUCAAGAAGCAUGAAGCAGAGGAGGCCAAAGCAGAGAAAGACAAAAAAGAGAAGGAGCAGAAAGAAAAAGAAAAAUAAGAAACCUGCACUUCCUUUUAUAGAAAAUAUUACAAAGGUUUGGAUACAUAGUGUACCACUCUGUCUGUCUGUAUGUCUAAUGUUUUCUUUAAUAAAUACAACAGUGACAAGUC